UAUCGACUGUUGACGACCGAAACAACCAUGAUACUGAGAUCAGUUCACCCACUAGCAGUGAUUUUGGCCCUGUGUUGGAUCUGCAAUGAAAUCACAGCGCACAGAAUAGAGAUUGAUCCGGGUGAAAAAGCAUGCUUUUAUGAACAACUCCAACAUAAAGACAGGAUGUCUGUUACGUACGAAGUGGGAGGAGCGACUGCAGGUGGGCAUUUAGAUAUCGAUUUCUACGCCUCGGACCCUACGGGGAAGACUUUCUACUCUCAAUACAAGCAACCUACUGGAUCAUUAUCGAUGGAAGCAGCAUCGAGUGGAAAAUAUGAAUACUGCUUUGAUAAUACCAUGUCGACAUUUUCCACCAAAACGUUGAGUUUCAGCGUUCACGGAACGCUUUUCUCCGAGGAUGAAGAGCAGAUUGCUCCAGUCGAAAGAGAGAUUAGAAAUUUGGGAAACAGCCUCCAGCUCGUCAAGGAUGAACAGGCGUAUCUUGUUCAAAGAGAAAAGAUACAUAGGAAUACCGCCGAAUCCACUGUAAGCUGAUUCAUUUACACCUGAAUAAACACCGUGCUCAAAACUUGAUGUGUCCCAGAAUUCCAGAGUCAAAUGGUGGGCAAUCGCUCAGACUAUCAUCCUCUUUGCCGUUUGCGCAUGGAACGUACAUUACCUCAAGAGCUUUUUCGAGGUCAAACGGGUCAUUUGAGUACCUCGAUGCAUUUUUUUUUUUCUCAGUAUCCAUACUGGAGCGGCGUGAAA